AUGAGCUGGUGGUGGGCAGGUGCUUCUAGAGCUGCCAAGAAUCAAUCUGAAAAUGGCGUCGCAUCUCGAGGACACCAGAGCGUGGCCCUGGUGGUAGGCGUAACUGGCAUUGUUGGCAACAGCUUGGCUGAAAUCCUUCCAGUCUCUGACACACCUGGCGGUCCAUGGAAAGUCUACGGAGUGGCCCGGCGCCCACGGCCAAACUGGAACUUAGACCACCCAGUUGAAUACAUCCAAUGUGACAUCUCUAACACGGCCGACACUCGAGCAAAACUAUCCCAGCUAGCUGAUGUUACACACAUUUUCUAUGUCACGUGGGCCCUACGAUUCACGGAGGCCGAGAACAUCGAAGCUAAUAACAUCAUGCUCCGCAAUGUCCUCCAGGCUGUGGUCCCCAACGCCCCCAAUCUCAAACACGUAUGCCUACAAACUGGUCUAAAACACUAUGUCGGUCCAUUCGAGUUGGUUGGUAAGAUCGAACCGCAUGACACUCCUUACACGGAGGAUUUGCCCAGAUUAAGUGCACCCAAUUUUUACUACGAUUUGGAAGAUAUUUUGGCCGAGGAAGUGGCAAAGAAAGAGGGAGUGACUUGGUCUGUGCACAGGCCGCAUACAAUUUUCGGGUUUUCUCCAUAUAGUUUGAUGAACAUAAUUGGCACUGUGUGUGUUUACGCUGCUAUAUGUAAACAUGAAGGCAUGCCUUUACUAUUCCCUGGGACUGAAUCUGUUUGGAAUGCUUAUUCCAUCGCGUCUGAUGCAGAUCUGAUUGCAGAGCAGGAAAUUUGGGCAGCUGUGGAUCCUAAUGCACAAAAUGAAGCGUUUAAUAUCCAAAAUGGAGAUGUUUUUAAGUGGAAGCAUUUGUGGAAGGCUUUGGCUGAACAGUUUGGGAUAGAGAAAUAUGGGUUGCCUGAGAGUGGGAAAAAAGUGAGCUUGACAGAGUUGAUGAAGGAUAAAGGAGCCGUGUGGGAGAAAAUGGUAAAGGAUAAUCAGCUGUUGCCUAACAAGUUGGAGGAGGUAGGAGCGUGGUGGUUUGCAGAUUUUGUGCUGGGUGUAGAAUCCGUUAUUUCGAGUAUGAAUAAGAGUAAGGAGCAUGGUUUUUUAGGUUUUAGGAACUCCAAGAAUUCCUUGAUUUCGUGGGUGGAAAAGUUGAAAGCUCAUAAGAUUGUGCCUUGA